AUGUGGAUAUCUAAAAGAUUUAAAAUUUUUAUAAGCUCUCAUUUAUUUUUAUAGAAAUUUGAGUCUGUGUACCAGGAACAUUUGCGGAGUGGCACCGUUACUCCUAGGGAGCAGUUUGAUUAUGCAUGGUGCUUAAUUCGUAGUAAAUAUCCCACUGAUAUCCGGAGAGGUGUAGUUUUAUUAGAAGACCUUUUUCAUAAUGGUGAUGCAACAGCAAAGCGAGACUACUUAUAUUACUUGGCUGUUGGACAUACGAAGCUAAAAGAUUACAACCAAGCCCUCAAAUUAUUGUCUAAAUUUCUAAGUAUUGAACCCACCAACAGGCAAGCUCAAGUAUUGCAAAAAUAUAUCAAAGAUAAAAUGAAAAAAGAGGGACUAAUUGGCAUUGCCAUUGUUGGGGGAGCGGCUCUUGCUCUUGGUAGCAUAGUUGGCAUUUCAAUGGCUCUGGCAAAAAAGUAAUUUCAUCCAUGAAGUUCCAUUCCAUGUUUGUCAUCACUGUUUUGCUUGGACCAGAAUGGAACAAUAUGGCAUGUAAAAUAUGUAUAGUGUGAGAAAGUUAUAGAUGAUUUUUAUGUAGCCAUAUGCAUUGUAUCUAUUUAUUAUAAAAGAAAUAAACUUUUAAUUGCCAUUA